GGAAUCAGGCGAUAGUGACGUCACACGUCACACCAGUUUCUUCAAGCCGUCAGCAUGCGAGGUGUUUCCCGACCCAGUAAUGUUUCGGAAGCGGUAAGCCCCGACGUUGGGACGAUUUUGGACGGAGCUUGAACCCGUACGGACCCCGUUUGAGCCCCGGGCCUGUGCGAAAAGGACCUUAGCAGCGAUGUUCAGGCACCGAGCGUGGAUCGCCCGUUCCAACGGCUGCACUGCUAGGCGGACGAACAGAGUGAAAAAGGGGACCUGCAUGCAGCUGGUACGGCGGAACAGCACUUCCAAAUGGCUGCCGAACCCAUACUGGUCGUCCAAGGGAACCACUUCGGCAGCGGAACGCCUCCAGAAGCGGAGCCGGCUCGUCAGUGGCGCUUUCUCCCUCGCGGAGAACAUGUCCGCCUUUCUGGACGGCCAGAUCCAGCGGGCCUUGACGGCAUUGCGGUCCAGAGCCGCGCUGCCGUCUCUCUUCGGCGCCGACUCCGGCCAGAAGCGGGGACAGGAGCAGAUCUUCCCACGCCUCGGUGUGCAGGAAGGCCGUAACUUGGCAGACGGUGACGGCGGUUUUUCCGACAAGGCAGUGGCACCGGCACGAAGCGACCUCUCGAUCGGGGACUUCGUGCGGGCACGGGAGGCCGAGGUGGACAACGUCCUUGCGGAGCUCGAGGUGUCCCAAAAGAGGGUGCCGCGGGAGGAUUCGAAGCCGCAGGCGGAUGCUAAGACUGCCGCGGAAGUGGCGGGCAGGGUGCCGGUUUUGUCGCAGUUGGAGAUGGACCAGAAGACGCGCCACCUGCUAAAGGCCGUCGUGGUCGCCACCAGCGCCCCCUCCCAACUGGCGAGGCUCACCGAACUCAACGACCACAUCCUCAGCUGUCCACGGAGCCAGUGCAUCCUCGUUAAGGAGCGCGCGAUUGCCCACCUGCUGAGGCUACGGCAGUACUCCAACAACGCAGCGGUGGUCGCGACGGCGCGGGAGACGCUGGCGCUCCUCGGGCACGUCGACCCGCCCAAGGGGAGGGGCAUCCGCAUCCUGGCCAUCGACGGUGGAGGCACCAAGGGCAUGCUGGCCAUCGAGAUCCUGCGUCAGCUGGAGCUGUCCACGGGGCGACGGGUGUUUGAGCUGUUCGACUAUGUGGCUGGUGUAUCCACGGGGGCCAUCCUGAGCUUCCUGUUGGCUGGCCUGCACACCUCCCUGGACCGCUGCGAGUCCCUGUACCGUCGCAUGAGCCUGCAGGUCUUUACCCAGAAUGCCUGGUGGGGCACCGGAAGGCUCGUCUGGAGCCACGCCUACUACGACACCUCUCACUGGGUGACUGCACUCCGAGAGGUCUUUGAAGACAAGACAGUUCUGGAGACAGCGAGGCAUCACUGCAGCCCCAAGGUGGCAGCAGUGUCUGUGGCGGUGAACCGUCCCCAGCUGCGUCCGUUCGUGUUCCGCAACUACAACCUGCCCAGCCGGGUGGAGUCCCACUACUAUGGCAGCUGCAAGUACCAGGUGUGGCAGGCCAUACGGGCCUCGGGCGCCGCACCGGGCUACUUCGAGGAGUACGAGCUCGACGGCAUUGUGCACCAGGACGGGGGCCUGAUGGUGAACAACCCGACGGCGGUGGCCAUCCACGAGGCCAAGCUGCUGUGGCCCAGGGAGCACAUCCAGUGCGUGGUGUCCCUGGGCGGCGGCCGCUUCAUUCCCGCGUCCCAGGACACGCCCCAGGGACUCUCCUCCCUCAAGAGCAAGGUGCUCAAGGUCAUCGAGAGUGCCACCGACACAGAAGCGGUGCACACGACGGUCCAAGACCUGCUUCCUCCGGGCACCUACUUCCGCUUCAAUCCCUACCUCUCGGAGCACGUCACCCUGGACGAGAGCCGGGCGGAGAAGCUGGACCAGCUCAAGCAGGACGCGCAGAUGUACCUCCGGCGCAACUCGGACAAGUUCAAUUCGGCCAUCGGCUGCCUCGGCCACCAGCGCGGCUUCCUCCAGAGGCUGGAGGACUGGCUGCGCCUGCAGGUCGCCAUCAAGUGGUGACUGAGCGUCCGUCCUAGCAGACGACGCUCCGACCGCCGUCCGUCUUUCCGUGGGGUGGCUGUCACGUUGUAAGGUGUUAGGCCUACCCCAGAUCUCCGUACCUCCGCCGCGGAAAAGUUCUUAUGGUUUUGCGACGUCGUCAGCUUGAAGAGGGUUGUGGCGAGAAAGGGCGGGUAGGGUGGUUAUUUGCAAGCAUGCCUGUAAGCACUUGCAUCUUACGAAAGCCAUUUACGUCUUACAAAUAAGAGAAUGGUUAGUUUGAAACUUUAGCCUCUGGUAUGGGCCACUAACGUUACGUUCGGGCGGAGACCGAGCAUUUGACGAUAAGUAGCUUAUUUUUGCGACAAAAAAAGGAAGUUUCUGUAAAUUUUUCUUUAGGGGACACACCAUACGUUGGACUGCGAGCCAACGUAUGCCAUUUGACGACCUGGAGAAAUGGUGAGGCCUCUUCUCCGACCGGCGGGGUGCGUGCAAAUCGAGGCAUUUAUUCUCAGACUGAUGGGGGAGCGGAGCAUCAGUGGGGCCCGAUGUCCGGCCAGAAUGUGAUGCACAUUUAUUUCCACAUGAAACGUCGACCUUCCAGUUGCCAGUGGUGCCCGCCGAACAUCUGACCUGUGACCUGUCGCUCACUUAGCACUAACGUACGUCCAUUUUUGGGCCGACAAUGUGCUUCUGUUCGGUAGCAGUUUCCUGCAUUGAACACCAAAUUGUCACUCGCUUGCAUGCAAGCUGAUGUUCUUCUGACUUGUAUGCUUGUUUACGACGCAACGGUACUAGUAUAUGUUUGCUAUCUGAUCAAUGAGGUAAAACCGCACUGCUAGAUGACAAGUUGACUGCGCCAUUUUUUGCGUGCCGACACUCGAAUAGUUUUUGCACAUGCUAAAGUGAAGAAGUCUAUUAGUCGUAAUGCUGCUUUACAAGUUUACAUCGUUCUCCAGUACCAUAUGUAUAUGACACUUGAUCGCCUACUCAUUUACUAGACAAGGGGACAUCCCAUCGCUAUGCGAUUUUUUUUCCACUCUGUCACAAAUGCAAAUCAGUGUUUCAGUCCUGUUACAACAGGAAGUGACACCGAAUGUGAAUUCACAUUUCAAUUUCAGCCAUGUGAGACAUGCAAAAGUUGAUUUACUUCUGAUUUACUUCAAAAGUUAUAUUUAAUUAUUUGUUUCUUUUUUUUUUCUUAAAGACUUAUAGUCUUGUUUUAAUUGGAAUCUCCAGGGAAAACAAAAACUGGUUAUUGUUGGCUCAGUUGACAGUGGAAUGUUUAGCAUAUCUUUAGCGACUGCUUUACCUAAGUGUAUGUAUAUAGUAAAGUAGGGACCUGUAAAUAUAUUUUUACUCUCUAAUACCUUAUUUUUUGUGACUGUUCUGUAGCUGCUAGAGUAUUUAUAAUUUGCACCUCUGACCCAACUAGUCAAUUUCAAAGGGAGUUCUUUUUGUGGCAUGCAAACCCUGGCAUGUUCACAACAGUGUUAGAAACAUGCUGUGUUUCUAGCAUGUAAAUAAAGUUGUUCUGUUCUUA